AUGAUGACCACCAACAUUGCCGAGUCUCUCAAUAAAUGCAUGAUGAAAGCACGUCGGUUGCCUAUAACAAGUGCACAUGAAUUUUUGAGACAUAUGCUUCAGAAAUGGUUUAGUGAUAGACGUGCUGCAGCUGCCAGACUCGAAACCAUUGUGACCUCCGCUGCAGUGGCACAUAUUAACUUGGCGCAUGCCAAAACAUUAGACCGAGGAUGUCGUGUAGUUCCUAUAAUACAAGGGAACAAAUACCUCGUGCAACAUGCAAAGGAAGGCGAUGGGAUAGUUGACAUUGUUGCGAGUACAUGCAGUUGUCGCAAGUGGGACAUUGAUCAAAUGCCACGUCUUCAUGCAAUUGCUGCUAGCAGUUUCAUGAGGGUGCACUACCAUAUGCUUUGCCAUUCAUAUUACACCGCAGAUUGGGUCAGACGGGCAUAUGCACUUCCCAUCAAUCCUCUCCCUAACAAGGCUGCUUGGGUUCUUCCAGCGUACGUCAGACAGAUAGUUAUACUCCCACCUGUGCAAAGACGACAACCGGGUAGACCGAGAAAUGGUCGGAUUCCUUCCAUGGGGGAAGCUCGUCGAAGAAAAAAAUGUGGAAAAUGCGGUGAACUAGGACACAACAGUCUGGGUUGCCCUAAUGAAUGGACUUCCUCCAUUGGAGAGUCGAGCACAGCCACUACUUCAGAAUCCAGGGACGCUGCUAGGGCCUCUGCAAGGGCAAGCUGGAAAUGCAGCAUUUGCAAAGAGACUGGACACACUCGUCGUCGGUGCCCUAUACAGUUGUCAAUUCCAGGUGAUGAUAAUAUUGUCAAUGAUGAAAACAAUCAAUAGACAUUAACUCAUUCAGCAAUGCUCAAAAAUCACUGGCACGAUACAAAAAGGAUGACAACAUCAAUCAAAUAUCUUUUUGUCGGGGG